CAGCCGUUUUGAUGUUUAUGUGACCGAGUGUGCUUCCUGCAGCGAGCAGCUCGGGCCUCCUGCUCAUUUUCGCCUGGCCCGUCAGCUGCUCGCUGUUUCAGUCUGAAGCCGUUGGCUGCUACUGAACCGUUUGGCUCUUUUCUCUACUAGCGACCAACCUCUAAUCUACACCCAACUGUCAAUCCAGCUCAUUUUUAAGGGGAUUUAUCAUCAUAUAUGCCCGUGUAUCCAAAACACAUCGCUCAUUGGGGAUUCCCAGCGCCGCCUGGCCGGCUCUCGAGGCCGUUAUAACGCUUUUUUCGAGGUUUAUUAGCGCCAGAAAACAACGGUGGAGGAGGAGAUUCCAUAUUAGGAGCACAGAGGAGAAGGCACCCCCUUGUGUGAUUUUUGGAGCUUUUGCUUCUGAGUCUAUGGUGCACGCUCCUGACCAGACACACUGCUGGUGAAUCCAGACUUACUGCUGAGGUUAGGUGUGUGCGUGCUGACCUCAUGGUGUAACAGGAGUAAAGAUGAGCAUUAGCAGUGACGAGGUCAAUUUCCUGGUCUACAGAUACCUACAGGAGUCAGGGUUCUCCCACUCAGCGUUCACAUUUGGUAUAGAGAGUCACAUCAGCCAGUCAAACAUCAACGGUGCUCUGGUUCCCCCUGCUGCUCUCAUCAGCAUCAUCCAGAAGGGCCUGCAGUACGUCGAAGCUGAAGUCAGCAUCAAUGAGGACGGCACAUUAUUCGAUGGGCGGCCCAUCGAGUCCCUGUCCCUGAUCGACGCUGUGAUGCCAGACGUUGUUCAGACCAGGCAGCAGGCUUACCGGGACAAAAUGGCCCAGCAGCAGGCGGCUGCUUCAACACCAGCAUCGGCCACUGGGGGCAGCAUCGCCAGCAAUGCCAAGAACGGAGAGAAUACUGCCAACGGGGAGGAGAACGGAGCCCAUGCCUUAGCUAACAACCAUGCAGACUUGAUGGAGGUGGAUGGAGAUGUGGAGAUCCCUCAGAACAAGGCGAUGGUCUUGAGGGGCCACGAGUCCGAGGUCUUCAUCUGUGCCUGGAACCCAGUCAGUGAUUUGCUGGCAUCGGGGUCUGGUGAUUCGACGGCUCGUAUCUGGAACCUGAGUGAGAACAGUACAAGCAGCUCCACACAGCUGGUCCUGAGACACUGCAUACGAGAGGGAGGACAAGACGUUCCCAGCAACAAAGACGUUACCUCGCUAGACUGGAAUAGUGAAGGCACUCUGUUAGCAACCGGCUCCUAUGAUGGUUUUGCUAGAAUAUGGACUAAAGACGGUAACCUCGCCAGUACGCUUGGCCAACACAAAGGUCCCAUCUUUGCCCUCAAAUGGAAUAAAAAAGGCAAUUUCAUCCUUAGCGCAGGAGUAGAUAAGACAACAAUCAUAUGGGACGCCCACACAGGAGAAGCCAAACAACAGUUUCCUUUCCACUCAGCUCCAGCACUAGAUGUGGAUUGGCAAAGUAACAACACGUUUGCAUCUUGUAGUACAGACAUGUGCAUCCACGUCUGUAAACUGGGACAAGACAGACCCAUUAAAACAUUCCAAGGACACACAAAUGAAGUAAAUGCAAUCAAGUGGGAUCCCACGGGGAACCUGCUGGCCUCUUGCUCAGACGAUAUGACGUUGAAGAUCUGGAGUAUGAAGCAGGACGCUUGCGUCCACGACCUUCAGGCCCACAGUAAAGAGAUCUACACCAUCAAAUGGAGUCCCACUGGGCCUGGAACCAACAACCCCAGUGCUAAUCUCAUGCUAGCAAGUGCGUCGUUUGACUCUACAGUACGUCUCUGGGACGUCGAGCGGGGCAUCUGUAUCCAUACGCUGACCAAGCACCAGGAGCCCGUCUACAGCGUUGCUUUCAGCCCCGACGGUCGCCAUCUUGCCAGUGGCUCAUUUGAUAAAUGUGUGCACAUCUGGAAUACACAGACUGGCGCCUUAGUCCACAGUUAUAGAGGGACAGGAGGAAUCUUUGAGGUUUGCUGGAAUGCAGCAGGUGACAAAGUGGGAGCCAGUGCAUCAGACGGAUCUGUGUGUGUACUAGAUCUUCGGAAAUAGUGAUUAUUGACUGUUGGAAGCCAUGGACCGACCGUGAAUGUGUACAUAGCCAAAUGACUGUCCCUGCUUGCCCUGCGUACUGCUCAUGCUUACGACUACGGCCCCGCCCAACGAUGGACAGGAAGCAGGAACAGGAAGCGAGCACCCGACACAGCAGGUCCAGAUGCAGGGAUGAACAGAUAAACGGGCGGAUGGAAGCGCCUCUGUCUGCGCAGACUCUUACAGAGAUGCAGAAGGGACAUAGUCCUGAAAAACAAACAACAAAAAAAACAUAACAAAAACAAACAAAAACAAAAAAGAAAAAAACAACAAAAAAAAAAAACACAAAAGAAAAA